AGAGAUCGCAGUGCAACACUUUUUCUUGGCGGAGAACGCACGUCGGGCAAUGAGGUUCGGAACCAAAAUGUUCUUGCCGUCAUGUCUAUCGCAAAUGUCGUGAAAAGCUCGCUUGGUCCAGUGGGAUUAGACAAAAUGCUAGUUGACGAUAUUGGGGAUGUUACGAUAUCAAAUGACGGGGCCACUAUUCUAAAUUUACUUGAAGUGGAACAUCCGGCUGGACGAGUACUUGUUGAACUUGCUCAGCAACAAGACAAAGAGGUUGGUGAUGGAACGACAUCUGUUGUUAUUAUUGCUGCCGAAUUGCUUCGUCGAGCAAACGAACUCGUUAAAAAUAAAAUACACCCGACUACAAUCAUCACUGGAUAUCGGCUGGCAAGCAAAGAAGCGUGUAAAUAUAUUGCAGAUCAUUUGACAAGUAAAGUUGAUAAUUUGGGGCGCGAAUGCCUCAUUAAUGUUGCUAAGACGAGCAUGUCCAGCAAAGUUAUUGGAUCGGACGAUGAGUUUUUUGCAAACAUUGUUGUAGACGCUAUUCUGGCUGUAAAAUCCACGAAUUCUCGUGGUGAGGUCAAGUAUCCAGUAAAAGCCGUGAAUGUCCUUAAGGCUCACGGAAAAAGCACUCGAGAGUCACUUCUGAUAAAGGGCUAUGCGCUUAAUUGCACGGUUGCUGCACAAGCAAUGAAAACGAAAAUCACAAAUGCCAAGAUAGCGUGUCUUGAUAUGAAUCUUCAAAAAGCGAGGAUGAAUCUAGGUGUACAAAUAACCAUUGAUGAUCCAGAAAAAUUAGAAGAUAUACGUAGACGUGAGGCCACCAUUACAAUUGAACGCGUUCAAAAGAUCCUUUCUGCGGGAGCGAAUGUAGUUCUGACAACCAAGGGAAUAGAUGAUCUUUGUCUGAAAUUCUUUGUGGAUGCCGGGGCCAUGGCCGUUCGUCGUUGCAAAAAGGAUGAUCUAAGGCGAAUUGCUAAAGCAACCGGGGCUACACUUAUUUCCACACUUGCUAACCUUGAGGGAGAAGAAACGUUUGAGGCUUCUUAUCUUGGUACUGCGGACGAAGUAGUGCAGGAACGGAUAUCUGAUGAUGAAUGUAUCCUGAUUAAAGGUACCAAGGCCCAAAGUUCCGCAUCGAUUAUCUUGCGCGGUGCCAAUGAUUACAUGUUGGAUGAAAUGGAAAGAUCUCUGCACGAUUCAUUGUCAGUUGUUAAGAGGACUUUGGAAAGUGGUAAUGUAGUUCCUGGUGGGGGUGCAGUAGAGGCUGCAUUGAAUAUUUAUUUGGAGAAUUUUGCUACGACCUUGGGAUCACGUGAACAAUUAGCUAUAGCAGAAUUUGCCAAUGCGUUACUUGUGAUUCCCAAGACACUGGCAGUGAACGCAGCAAAGGAUUCAACAGAUUUGGUCGCGAAAUUGCGAUCUUAUCAUAAUGCCGCUCAAAACGCACCACCAGAUGAUCCGAAGAAAAACCUCAAAUAUUAUGGUCUUGAAUUAAUCAAAGGAGAGACCAGGGAUAAUUUGCGAGCGGGGGUUUUAGAACCCGCAAUGUCCAAAAUCAAAUCAUUAAAGUCUGCAACGGAAGCAGCGAUUGCGAUCCUUAGGAUUGACGACAUGAUAAAGGUCGAGCCGGAGCAAAAAGGAGGGGGUGAUGAUGAUGGUCAUUGA